UCAGCGAAUAUUUCUUAAUAUUUCAGUUCCUUUUUUAACGGCGAACGAGUUAGACGGAAGAAGUAGGUGGCUAUAAUGGCGCUGUGUGGUUUAAUUAAAAUCAAUGUGUUUAAUCAAGAUUUAAUUAAACAAAACUCAACACAAACAACAGAAAAUCAAUAAAAGUGUGUGUUUCAGAAAAUCACAUCUCGCAGCGAACAAACAACCAGAAAAAAGGGAACACAAAACCGAUUUUUCGUUUAUUUUUUUUUAUGAAAAUCAAAAAGAAUUACACACACAAAAAUAUAAGAAAAUUUAUUAAUAAAAGAAAAGUACAGUGUAUGUGGUAAUAACGGAAGAUUGAACAAAGAGCAGAAACAAAUAAAAAAUAAUUAGAAAUAAGUUCAAAAGAGAAAUAACAAAAGCAGUAGAAGUAAAAAAAUAAGAUGUUACACAAAAAGAAAUAAGAGAGACAAAGAAGCAAAUAAAAAAUUAAAAAAAAACGAGUGAGAGAACAAGUGAAACAAGAUUAAAUGAAUAAUAAAAAAAAAACAGAAACAACAACAAUAAAAAGCAUAAAACUUGAAAAAAAUAUUUCAAUUAAAGUGAAGAAGUUUAGAAAUGAAAUAAAGUGGUAUAAAAAUUAAUUAAAUUUAAUAUAAACCUAUAAUAAAUAGUUAAUGGAUAAUAUAAAGUGAAUUUAGUUGUAAAUUAUAUAAAAUAUAUAUAUAUAAAAAGAUUUAAAACCUAGAAUAAAGAAAAAAAAUAUAUGAAAAAUUGUGUACGUGAUUUUUAUGUUUAAUCUACAACAACAAGCAAAAAUACAAAAUGUCAUUAAACAUACAACAACAAACACAAAGAUUAAAUAAAAAAUAACGAAAAAAGAGGUGUGUAAAAAGUGAUGAUUUGUAAAGUGAAUGAAUGUCUAUCGUAUAGAAAAAAAUAAGUAUAGAAAUUACAAAGUUAAUACAUUUUUCACUUUGUUUGCUAAAAUAAAGAAAUUUAACAAACGUUUUGUUAAAAUUACAAAUGAAAAUUAAAGAAGAACCAAUUCUUUAAAGUGUACAUUUUUGAAAGAGAAGGCAAAAAGCAAACAAAAACAACAAUAAUAGCCAGCCAUUUAAUUAACAACAACAUAACUACAACAACCAUACGUUAUAAAUAGAAGAAAGCAAAUAACAAAAAAAAAAAAAAAACACGAAGAAAAAGUUCAUGUAAUAAAAAUUUUAUUGCUAACCUAAGCAACAAAUAAAUUACAACCAAAAAUUAAAUUAAAUUUUAAUAGAAAUUAUAAAAUAUAAAAUUGUGCAUACACAGCAAAUAAAAUAAGUGUUAAAUUAUAGCAAAAAAAUAAAAUAAAAAAUUUACAGUGUAAGCAAAUUAGUAAGAAAUAAAGUAAUAAAAAUACAACAAAAUUUAAUUGUCAAGUGUGAAGUGUCGUUUAUUAAAACAGCUAAAGUAACAACAAAAUUUGGGUUUUUUUCUAAAGAUCACCAGCAAUUUAAGUGGAAUAUUGGAUUUUUUCUUUUCUUAAGAACAACAACCGCAAAAAUUAUUAAAAGAAAAUAACCCUUCACUCUCACAGCACGCCUUAAAUUAUAUGGAUUAUUUAUACAAUAUUUGAAUACGUUUCUUAAUUUUUUUUUUAUUAAAUAAACAUCAACAAUUAAUAACAUAAUUGGACACUUAUGCUCUUACGUCAAAAGAAAAAAAAAUACAUAAAUAAAAAAAAAAGUCAUCUCAAGUUACAAACACACAAUUUGUCAUAAAUUUUAAAGCCGAGAAGGAGAGAAAACCAAAAUCGAGUUAUGUAACGUAACGUGAAACCGUAACGUAAAAGAGUGUUGUUGUAAAUCAAUGAAAAUGUUGUAUGUUUACGAAAAUGUAUCGUUAUCUUAACAUACAAUUGAAAAGAACAAAAUUGCGCAAUUAUCAUCAGUUAUUGUUAUAUUUUGUUAGAAUUGUUUACGGAAAUAUAAAAAUCAAACAAACGUCUAACGUCUUAAAGCCAAUUUCAAACGUAACAAUAACGCCGACUUUAUUAAUAUAUUUACACUUUUGUUACGGAUUUUUUAAUUCUCAAACGCUGUUUAAAUUAUAACGUUGAAUAUUUCGAAACACUCACACUCACUAUCCAACUACUAGCCUAUAAAAUAAAAUAUUAAAACAAAAAACACACACACUUUGUUAUGUUAAGGAAUAAUAUUCAAAUUUUUUUCGAUUUAAAUUUUUCACGCCUCUUCUGAAAAAACAACGCUUAUUACAACAAAAAAAAAAGUGAAAAAUUUAAGAAAAAGUUAACAAACGGAAAAUAAUAAAUAAAACCCUUCUCCUGCCAUUACGUUAAAACUGAAUUAUUUUAUUUAUUUAUACUACACUACUUUAUUGUGUUAUUUUUUGCUACCUACCCCCCAUUUAACUUUUAUUUAAAACAUUAAUUCAUAAAUAAAAAUCAUCUAAAACUAAAAAAUAAAAAUUAAAUAAAAACAAAAAACAACAACUGCCUUUACAACCCGAAAAUAAAAAAAAUAAAGAAAAACUCUACAAUAAACACCCACCGAAUAAAUCUGGCACCAUUGUAUAAGUAGUCUAACAUCUAAGAAAAUUCAAACUACCACCAACGUCAUUUCACCACGUCACCAAAGGAUAACAACAACAUUAAAAGCAAAAGCAAAAAACACAGAGAGAGAGUAGCAAAAGACAAGCAAAGAGAACAAAAAUAUGGCAACACCUCAAGUCAAAGACUUGGUGUUGCGUUCGCCAGCUGGUUCAUCGGAGGUCUUAACAUUUUCGUGGCCCUUGCAAGUUGGCACCGGCCAGGAUAGACACGAUAAUGGCAUUGAUAUCAUCGAUACCAUUAAAUUUGUUUGUGAUGAACUGCCAAGCAUCUCAUCGGCAUUCGAAGAGAUUAAUCUUAAUCAUAUAGACACUGCCUGUUAUAAGACUAUGACAAAUCUUGUCGAUCGUUUCAAUAAAGCCGUGGACAGUAUUGUUGCAUUGGAAAAAGGAACCUCACUGCCCGCUGAGCGCUUAAAUAAAUUCGCUCAUCCCAGUCUCUUAAGACAUAUUUUACAAUUAGUUUACAAUGCUGCCGUACUCGAUCCCGAUAAACUCAACAACUAUGAACCAUUUUCGCCGGAGGUUUACGGUGAAACAUCAUAUGAAUUGGUGCAACAAAUGAUAAAACAUGUAAAUGUGAGCAACGAUGAUACUUUCGUUGAUUUGGGUUCGGGUGUAGGACAGGUGGUUCUACAAAUGGCCGGCUCGUUCCCGCUAAAGUCAUGUAUAGGCGUGGAAAAGGCCGAUACACCGGCUCGUUAUGCCGAACGUAUGGACAUGUUCUUUCGUCAGUUUAUGGCCUGGUUUGGCAAACGUUACUGUGACUACAAAUUGCUGAAGGGUGAUUUUCUGGUGGAUGAACAUCGUGAGAAGAUAACAAGUUCAUCGUUGGUGUUUGUAAAUAAUUUUGCCUUCGGUCCCAAUGUGGAUCAUCAGUUGAAAGAACGCUUUGCCGAUUUGCGCGAUGGCGCUCGAGUAGUAUCCUCCAAAUCCUUUUGUCCUUUAAACUUUAGAAUAACUGAUAGAAAUUUAAGUGAUAUUGGUACGAUUAUGCAUGUCAGCGAGAUACCGCCGUUGAAAGGUUCAGUUUCUUGGACCUGUAAACCAGUUUCGUAUUAUCUGCAUGUCAUCGAUCGUACGAUUCUAGAGCGUUAUUUUCAACGUCUCAAAACUCAGAAAGGUGCUGAAAACGAUCAUCAUGCGGGUGGAACUACACGCACUACCCGAGAUCGUGCCAAACGUGAAGCUAACAAUCAAGCUUUAACAAACUCACAAAAUUCCAACUCCAACUCGAAUACAACACGUACAAAUUCGCCAGCUGCCCAUGUUAACAAUACAACGACUACCAAAACUAGGCAACAACAACAACAGCAGCAGCAACAACAACAAGAACUGCAAAAACAAGAACAGCUUAAACAACAACAGCAGCAGCAACAACAGCGCAAUAUGGAAGUGGAUACUUCGACUGAGAGUGAGGGCGAUGCCAAUACCACGAACGGCAAUAGCAAUUGCAGUGGUGGGCCGGCAGUUACACGCAAAGUUUGGUCUGAUUGGGGCAGUUCCAAGGGAGGCAAGAGUUCCCAAACCGACGAGGAGGAGAACAAUAAUUUCAUAACAACGAGUUCUCGUACUGCUCGUACAGCUACGCAGAAAAAACGCAAGAAACUCACGCGUAAAGCUGCCAUAGCAAGUAAAAGUGCCGCCGCAGCCGCCCAAAGGGAAGCAGCGGCUAAAGAAAGAGCCGAGGCCGCCGCUCAAGCAUCUAAAGAUAAUUCUUCCAAGGAAGAUUUUGGUGGCAAUUCAACGGGCGGUGGUUCGGCAGCAGCCAAGGGUCGUAAGGGACGCUUAAAAAAGGGCGCCCGAGGAAGAAAAAAUAUCAAAAUUGCUGGCUUGGAUGUGUUGCAUCAAGAAACUUUACUCUCUACUUCGGUGGAAGCCAUGAGCAAAAAGUUACCACCUGCCCCUGGCACUAUAGAUCAACAAUUAACAUCAUUGUUAACUGAACAUAUGGCUCAUACUGAACUGGAAAUUCCAGCAUCGCCUCAAGACACUCCCUAUGCUUUGCAAAUCCUAUUGGAUGUCUUUCGUUCGCAGUAUAUGGCUAUGAUUGAACAAAUGAAAUCCAAGUCCUUUAUACCCAGCAUCAAGAGACAAAUACAACUGGAACAGGAACGCAAGCAACGCAUUAAAAAUCGAGCUUCCCAAUUAGAUAAACAAAUUAAAGUGCUAAUAGAUGAUAGUGUGGCCUUAUUGAAAGUACGUAUGAAUGAGCUGGGCAUAAAUGUGUCGUCGCCCAAUGAUCUUAUAGCCAAAGCUAAGGAAAUUGUGGGACGCCACAAGGAGCUACAGGGUAUAGCUAAGAAAAUACAAUCUCAGGUAACGGCCUGUGAACUGGAGCAAAAGCGUUUGAUGAAAAAGCAUCUGCAACACUUGCCCGAAUACCAAAGGAUGUAUGGAGUGAAUGGCAAAACCAAAUUACAUGAUUUAUCAGGUUCGGAGUUGUCCGAGGCUUCGGCUCAUGAAUUGGUACUCAAGGAAAUAGCCAAUACUUUGGCUCAACGCAAAAAACUAGUAGCCCAAGUGUCUAGCAUUGAAAAAGAGGCAAACAGUUUGGAAAAGUCUGUGGAUGAAAGAAGAACUGCCGCCUCCCUAAUGGCCCAAGGCACCAAUAUCAUAUUAGCAAACCCGGCUUCUAAUAGCAUUAAUAACACUGCUCAACCCUUGCAACUUACUACUAACCAUAAUCACUUGAACUCUAUAACUCUAAAUCAUGCAACUUCUACGGCGAAUCUAUCAUCUGCUGGCGCAUCUUCUUCUGCUUUGUCAUUAAAUCCUGCAAACAACAACAACAAUAUCUGUUCUACUACCUCUUUAGUGCCAAAUAAUAAUAAUAAUACGAAUAAUAGUGCUACACAACCGUCUAUAACCGUAACGAAAGCAUCCAGUAAAUCGGUGCGUCGUAGUAGAGAUCAUCGUACACGUUCCCAGGAAUGGCCUGAUGUACCGGAUGUUGGUAAAAUUGAAGAAAGCAAUCCGGAGGUGUUGGCCCAAAAGAUUUUGGAAACGGGACGUAAAAUAGAAGCAGGCAAGUUGACUUCAAACUCUAGCACUAACUCGUCUAAACAUCAACAUCAAAACAUUGCUAACAAUCACCAUCAACAACAUCAUCAUCAGCUGCAACUCCAACAAUCGCAGCAGCAGCAACACCACCUAAUAAACCAAAACCACCAUCAUAUACAACAGCAGCAUCUCCCACAACAUCAUCCCGAAGAUAAACCCUACAGAAAUAAACAUCAUCCAUCACAUCAUGCUGCACACCAUCAUCAGCAACGUUCAAAUAGUAAUGAACAUUUACCUUCUUUAGGCGGUUAUGGUGGUGGUGGUGUGCCACAACAACAACAACAAGAUCCCAGUACUUUAAUGCCUGCUCCCAAACAAAGAGAUGCCAAUUUACUGAUACCCUCGAAUGCAGCCACCUCACUACGGCCCAUUGCAAACUCCAAUGCUAUGGCUAGUGGUAUUUUGCCCAAAUGUGAAUUGCCGGGCAUGCGUAAAACGAAUAACAAUAAUAACAAUGUGCCCGUCGUCAGCAUACAAGAAUCCCCCAAAGUUGCCAAUUUCGAGGAUAGACUCAAGAGUAUCAUAACAUCAGCCCUCAAUGAAGAUCAAGAGCAGCGCAAGGCCCAACAGGUGGUGAACCAAGUACAAGUAGAAGUUUCACCGUCACCACAACAAUCACCCGUACCAAAACGUAGCAAACACUCGCACAUUAACACAGGAUCCUCAAAUACUCAUAAUUCUUUAAGCAGUAUUAUUAAUGUCGCUACCCAUGGCAUGACACACCUUAAUGCUACCACCACUAUAUCACCCAUAACGCCAGCUUUACCACCACCACAACCUCCACCAACACAUGGUGGUAGCGCUGGUGUUGGCCUCACAAAAUAUGGUUCCAGUAAAGCCAUGCUAAUGCAGCCGCUCAACUCUUCAACGUCUUCCUCGGCGGCAGUCAACCCUUCGUCAACGAAAUCCUCCAAAUAUCACCCGACCCUCAAUUCUAAUCCCAAUAAUCCACAUAAUCAACAUUUAAAUAAUAUUUAUGGUGCUGCCUCAGCUGAACACAACUUGCACAGAAGACGCAGUUCAGUAUCGGCGGCUAAUUACGAACAAUUCAUGGCCAGUCAGCAAAGAGAACGAGAAAGAGAACUUCAACUGCAACAGCAGCAUAUGAUGAAUAUGGGUCAACAUAAUGCCCACAAUAUGUCAUUGGAAUUCAAACAACCUCCUUUGAGUGUUGAAAAUCAUCUGCAGCAACGUUCCAGUAGUCGUGAAAUGUUAAUGGAAGAUCCAGCACCUCCAGUGCGUUCCUCAUCAGCCAAUUCUGAUUCUGCUUUGCAAUAUUAUCCACCUACGCGAGAUCGUUUAAUGUCUUUGGAACGAAGUAGCAGUCGAGAAUCGGCCAUUUCACAACAUCAUCAGCAGCAGGGUCAUAUAAUUAAUCCACAACAGCAGCCACCCAGCCGGCCAAGUUCGAACUCCUCACAACCGGAUUAUACACAAGUUUCGCCGGCUAAAAUGGCUUUAAGGCGUCAUUUGUCGCAGGAGAAACUAAAUCAGGUGCUGCCCGGCUCGGCGGGUUCGGGAGGCAAUUCACUGCCACCUAUGUCCUCAACCAAAACAAUUGGGGAUCUUGUUAAUGGUGAAAUUGAAAGAACCCUGGAAAUUACGCAUCAAUCGAUAAUAAAUGCUGCCGUUAACAUGUCCACCGUAGGAUCGGCUUCAGGCGAACGCAAUCCCUACCUACUGGAACGUAGUCUGUACAAUAAUGAAAGAGAGCGUGACCGUUCUAAUGAUAGAGAACGUGAGCGGGAUCGUGAAAGGGAGCGGGAACGAGAAAGAGAAAAGGAGCGUGAGAGGGAACGGGAACGGGAAAGAGAACGCUUGAUUAUUAACAACCAUGCUCAAAGACCCGAAAGAGUUCAUGUCAAGAUGACCGAUGAAGUAGCCAGUCAAUUGUCAGCAGCUGCUAACUAUACGGAUAUCUCACCGAGAUCAACGUCCCAACCAGCACAGUCUGGUAGUAAAUCUCCGUAUGCCCAUAAUUUAGCGACUUUGGCGAAUGUUGCAUAUCAGCACAAAACAAUACCAGCCGCAAAUUCAACGACGAAUAAUCAUCAGCAGCAACAUAAUGCACCCACAUCAUCUUCAUCGUCUUCCUCGGCUGCAACGGGCCCAUCACGUCACUACAGCAACAGUGGGAGCAGCAGCAGCAACAACAGCCAGAUUAGUAGCCAACGUGAAAGAGAUUUAAAUAAUUUACCAUAUCAUCAUUUGCCAACAUCAUCGACUGGCACUGCUAAAAAUCCAGCCGUAAACUCUAAUACCAAUCCUACUUCUUCUUCCUCCUCCUCUUCCUCAAAUCGAGAUUAUCAACCUGUGGCUUUGCCACGAGCAGAGAUGAAACCCUGUAUUGAGGCCUACUUCCAAGAUCAGGAUCAUCAUCCAGUCCAGCCUCCGCAACAUUUAUCAUCCUCAUCCCACGGCCACAAAUCGAGCAAAGAAAGACAUUCAUCGCGCAGUAAUCGCUUGAAUGGCACAAAUCCUCCUCUGGAAGGUUUGGCCGCAUCAUUAAUGGCCUCACGCAAAUUCCGAGAGGAACACGAGGAACGACAAAAAAGAGCGGCAGCUGCAUCUACUACAGGCCAUCAUAACAACGAACAUCAUGCUGGUCAACAUGGCCAACAUCAACAUCAUCAACAACAGCAAAAUCGUCAACAUCAUAAUGCGGAACAUUACCACAACUCAUAUGGCCAGCAGGCGACAUCAACGCAACAUAAUAAUCAUCAUAAUGGCUCUUCUAUGAAGGUGGAACUUGGUGUAAAGCGUACAUCGCCCAUGACAAAUAAUCAUCCCAGGGGUUCAAAAGUAGCACACUAUUCAAAUGAACCACCUCUAACGCAUGGCAGCGGCGGCGGACACUCGCAAAACUCAUAUGCCAAUACAAAUGGCGGAGGUAUAAAUAGCAGUAACAGCAGUCAUCACCAUGGACAUCAUAAUUCCCAUGUACCCGCACAUUCACCAACCUCCUCGAACACUAGUGCCGCUGGUUCUACUAAUAGACGUGGUAAUAAAUUAAAUUUGGAACCUUUACUCAUGAGUCCUGAAAUAAAUUCCAUAAUGGGAGGUGAUGAUGCAAGAUCAAUGCAACAGCAUAACUCUGCUAACAAUAGACAGUCCCUACACAAUAACAACAGCAACAGUCAUCAACAUCAUCAGCAUUAUAACAAUUAUCACCACCAACAACAGCAUCAACAACAACAAGUCCAUCAUCAACACUCUUCCAGUAGUCACAACAGUCAUCAUCAUCAUCAAAAUCAUGCUCAACAUUUAAGUAGUCGUAACUCCAACAACACAAACAACAACAGCAAUUCCGCAACAUCAUCAUCUUCAGUUUCUUCUAACGUUCUUACGAAUUCUAAUCCCAUCGUAGGAAAUCGUAAUGCAGAUGAUGAUGACGUUAUAGCAGAUGAUGAGAGCCACUGGCAGCAUCGUGUUAGUUCGGGGUUUGAUCGUUUAGUAGCUUUUGCCUCAACCGAAUUGGAUAAGACAAGACGUUCGAUUGAUACCGAUACGGUGCCCUCGUCGAUUAGCUGCAAUACCUCACCAGAUUCGGGUAUAACACACAGUAGCAGCAAUUCGGAUGCAGCCAGAACAUUCCUGUCCACCUCGUCUACUUCAUCACAAUUAGAUUUGCCCAUUAGCAGUGGCAGUAGUACAUCUAGUGGUAAUAGCAGUUUUAUGGGUCAUCAUGGCCACCAUCAUCAUAAUCAUCUGGGUGGCAGUCAAGAUCAUUUAAGUGACAGCAGCAUGAAGUCUACACACUCCGAUGUCAACUCUAUGCCUAUUACUUUAAAGAAUUGCUCAUCACCGCAAGAUCCAACAGCUAUAGAUAGUCCGCCCCUAUCAGAUAUGGGUUUGCCUAGAACUCCCAGUCCCAAUGUGGCAGUAAAUACCCCACCACCCUCCUUAUUAAAUGCCAACAACAGUUUGGAUAAUUCUGCAAACAAUUUGAAAAUUCCCUUGAAAUAUCAACGCAAAUCAAAAACGUCUUUGGAAAAACACUACAAAAAGAAAUUCUGUGAGCGUAAUUGGGAAUAUGAUUGCGAUGAGCUGUUGGCCUAUUCAAAUUCAUCUUCAAACACCGCAGCCGAUGCAGCGGGCAAUGCUAACGAUCAGUUGGACGGCGCUAGCAAAGAUAUGGAUUGUUUAAACACCACUUUGGAACAGCAACAACAAAUGCACCAUCAUCAUCAGCAGCAGCAGCAACAGCAUGCCCAUCACAAAUCAUCAAAAUUUCGACCAAAAGGCAAAGACUGGGAUUGGUCCAUGGAUAGCAAUAGCAGUAGCAGUCAAAAGGCAAAAUGCGACGCCACUUCGGCUGCAGUAACCUCAACGCCACAACCACUGCAGUAAAAAAACUUGAUAUUAAAAAUAUCAAAUUUGUAAAACUAAAUUAAAUUAAGUUUAACAUGUUUUCUUUAUUUUUUCUUGUUCUUAUAAUUUUUUUUUAACAAAAUUGUUUAUUUUUAUUAUAAUUGACAUUAUUUGAUAUUUUAUUAAUUCUUAUAUAGUUUUGUUAUAUUGCAUACAUAAAUAAUUUAAUUUUUUUUCUGUUUCCCUGUUAAGAUUUAAAAAAAAAAGUUUUUCUGUUAAAAAAAUAUGCUGUUAAAUUAAAUUUUUAUUUGUUCAAAUUCUUGUAGAUUUUUUCCUCUAUACAUAUUUUUUAAGUUAAUGAAGUUCAUUUAAAAACAAACAAAAAUAUAUAAAUAAAUUUUAGUAAUUUUUAAUAAAAAAAAAACAAAAA